AUGGACUACUCGUUGCAGAAUCAUCGCUCCUUUAUCGGCUCCAAGGCGUCAGACCUGCCAUCGCCCUCACUCAUUUUGAGCUUGCCGGUCAUCAAGAAGAAUGUUGAGAGACUGCAUCAAGAUGUGGAAAAGGCUGGAGUCACUCUUAGGCCCCAUGUGAAGACACUGAAGAGCCUUGAAGUGACCCGUCUGAUGCUUGGCAAUGGCAAGUUCAAGAAGACCGUGGCUUCUACACUGUCGGAAAUUCGUGGUUUAUUACCCCUGGCUGAAGAGGGUAUUCUCGAUGAGGUUCUCUAUGGACUCCCUCCUGCGUCAGGAGCCAUUCCAUUUUUGAGCGACCUGCGAAAAUCUGUAAAAAUUCUUCUGAUGAUUGACCAUGAGAAGCAGAUUUCUCUCCUUGAGGAAUUCGCAAAGAAAAGCCCCGAGACCUCUCCAGCGGCUUGGGAUAUAUACAUCAAACUUGAUGUGGGUUCAAAGCGGGCGGGCCUGCCCCUCGGGAGUGAGCGUCUCCAGAAGCUCAUCGAACGCGUCAACGAGUCGUCAGCCGUCUCCUUGUACGGUUUCUACUGCCAUGCCGGCCACUCCUACGGUUGCCGCACUCAAGAAGAGGCAGAGAGUGUUCUUGCAGUGGAGAUUAAUGGUGUUCUGAGUGCUGCAAAGUUAAUUGUUGGAGAGCAGAAGCUCACCCUAUCCGUAGGGGCCACCCCCACAGCGCAUGUUGUUGGCAGCCUUAGAACGGCAAUUCCUGAAAACGUGACACUGGAGCUUCACGCCGGAAAUUUUCCUACAAACGACCUCCAGCAAGUUGCAACGGGGCUCGUUGGCUCUGAAGACCAAGCCAUUCGCGUCCUCGCCGAGGUCUGUAGUGUGUACCCUGAAAGAAACGAGGCCCUCAUCAACGCCGGAACCAUUGCCUUGUCGAAGGAGAGUGGGCCUUCUCCUGGCUUCGGCAGUGUAGUUGGGAAGCCGGGUUGGGCGGUGGUACGAAUGUCGCAAGAGCACGGUAUCGUGGGCGAGGUCCAGAGCCCGGGAUCGAAGAACACCGAACCUGAGCAGAGAGACGUGGAGGCCAGCUUCCAGGUUGGAGACAAGGUUUUCCUCAAUAUCCAGCAUGCGUGUAUAACCGCAGCAGCGUUCUAUGUGUAUUAUGUCGUGGACGAGAAUGACGUUGUUAGAGACACCUGGGUGCCGUGGAAGGGCUGGUAA